AUGACAUUCACACACACUGCCUGGACGUUGAAGAUCGCUUUGGUUGCACUUACCGCGGCCGUUGCCGCGACGCUGGGCUCCGUUCUGCUCGUGCGACACUCGGCCACCGAGGCCGUGCAAGCCUUUGAUGCUCACGAUAUUCGGAUCGAUGCCACUGGACGCGACCUGGGCGUAAACAUCACCCUGGAUAUUCCACGGAUCUCGGCUCUGCACAGUGCCGACAUUCACGCAUUGGCCUGCAGUUCCUUGGCCACAAAUACCAGCACCAAUCAGACACUGGACCUCGGCCGUCUCUCCCUCUCCUCGCCCCUGUUGGACGUGUUUGAAGGUCAUCGCUACGACGUUCAGCUUGCGUUCCAGCAGGAUGAACCUGGCGCCGUCGCCGCCAAGCUCAUUCUGGGAUCCUAUGAUCGCUGCACGAUCACAUGCAGCGCUGACAUAACUCUCCGCGUCUGGCACGCCUUUCCCAUCUCUGCCAACUGGAGCCUCGGCACCUUUGACAUCAGCGCCAAGGACCAGGCACGCAAGCCAAAUCCCACGCACACCGAGCCAGAUGAACCUGCGAGUGACCUUGCUACGCUUCAGGUCAUGGCCGACAGCAUGCGCCAUCUCAAUGCCAGUUUGCCCGACAGCCUGCGAGGCUUGGGCGCACGGACUGGCGACCCCAUGGCCGUGGGUGAGGUGCUCGUCGUGACGUCCUUCCCGAGCACUGCUACAUGUACCAUGCCCAUCCGCAUCCAGGCCGCACCACUGCUCAAAUCCCUUCUCACCAACUUUUUGGUGCAUCUGCCCGCCACCGGUUUUGUACUUUCUGCCCAUGACGCCUCUGAUCAGCCCCUGAACGUGUCCGACGUUGCGCUCCAAGGUCUGCACGGCAACUUGCUGGCCCCGCAAGGCCUUGAUAUUUGCGCCUCGGCCUUGGUGGAUGUGCGAUGCGCCAACAACAAUUGCCAAGAAGCCUUGGCCCAGACCGAUCAAUUUCUGCAACUGGCUCAAAAUCUCUAUGCAAACCUCACCCUCGCCUUGCGCACCACCUCGUGGGAUGAGACCAGCCGUAUUUCGUUUUGGGGCCGCUUUCUCAGCCUUGAUCACGCCAUCACCGUGACACUUCCCCCAGCCCUGGUGCCUUUCCGCCAACAAGUCUUGAACGCCCAGCCCUCAAAAGCAACUCCCUUUGUACUUGCCGACACCGACUUGAGGCAGUUCUGGGCCAGCACCCCAGCUGGGAUCAACGCUGUCCAGCCCAGUGACGUGCAGUCGAGCCUCACAGCCGACUGUCUUGACGUUUCCUUUGACACUCGCUUCACGCAACGCGCAUGCGCCGUGUGGAACCGUGCGGCCCCCCAAGACGCAUCCAUGCGCUUGUACGGUGGCGAGGCCUUUGUCAAGUGGGACGACCGUGUGUUCUUCGACGCCGUUGGGGGCGUGUUUUGGCCCGACGUGGCCUUCGAGCGCUUGCCCGGCCUUGUCAGCUUGCGUUUCUCCGACAAUGAAAAGCUGCUCAACACCACAUUUGUCGUCACGUACAAGGACAACGAAAGCAAGGUCCAUCUGACUCUGACCAACAGUGGCCCCUUCGUAGCCAACCCCUUUGAGAUUAGCGCUGGCGGUCGCCUUUUUGACAUCGCUGCGGAUACGCAGCGCCUUGAAGCGCAAAUCACCUACCACUCCCUUGGCAGCAACAACGCUGACGCUGUGCAGCUCCUUCUGAGCGGUGACUUUCCAGCCGACUCAGUCAAAGACUUGACACUCAAUAUCACACAUGCCGGAGAUCCAGUGCUUCAUGCUUUGGUGACGCAGCCUGACUCGGAUUCGGCUAUCUGUCUCCUGAACAUCACCCAUGUCGUUGAUCUUAUUUUUCAAGGCCGCUCAAACCCCAGCACGGGCGACCGCUUCAUGAAUUUAACUGCCAGCUUACCGGAAGAACAUGUGCGUCUCGUCACAACGGCUCGCCUCAACUCCACCGCGCUCGAGUUGAAGGUCGAUUCGACUGGAUCCAACCAGCCUUUUGGCCUGCAAGCGUUCUUUGCAUCUGACGGUCACAAUAUCCACCUGUUUGCCGUCGAUGAUGACAAUGAUGAUGCGAGCGUGGAGGAUGACGAUGCCACCGCCCCAUCAUAUGUGUCCAUCAACGCCUCAGUGACCUACAUUGACCCAGUGCACUCGGCGUUGUUGGCCUUGCGUGUCGACGAGGCACGCGCCUCCUACUAUGGUGAAGCCAAGUUGAAUGAUUAUGCUGUAUCAGUUGGUGCUGCUCCAAGCGGCCAUGCUCCUGCGGACGAUGACUCAAUUGGUUCCGAUGACGACGAUAUUGUAGCCGAUGACGACCCCGGCUUCUUGUCGGAUUAUUACCUAUUUUGGGGCAACUAUUCCGGCCAGGGUUGGCUGGCCAACUUUUCGUCCCUUGUCAACGUCGAUGUCAUCGACUGGCCAAUGAACGUUAUCGUUGAAGCCCCAGGUGCCACCGCUGUACACAAUGUCGCCUUACGGUUUGCCAACACGCCCACCUUGCAAGUCUUUACCAGCCAGUGGAGUGAAUCCCCAAGCACCAGUCGCGCAAGCUUGGCGUGCAACUUUCAAGAACUAGCGGCCAUCUCGCUCACAUCAAACGUACAUGUUUGUACUUCAGCCCAAGCCAAACCCACCUUCAUGGCAACGAGCAGCGCCAUCGUGGACGCUUCUGCCCCCUUGUAUAGUGCUUCUGCAACCACAGACGUCAAGACCAACAAUCACCACCUCGUGACCCACAGCAACUUGACAUGGAGUCAGACUAAUCAGGCCGGUUGGACCAAUGUGACUUGGGACGACAUUGUCACGCUUGUCGACCUGUCGCUGCAUGACAAGGGUCGCCACCUGACGCUCACCGCCAAUGCCACACGAAAAACGCCUGGUGACGUUUGGGACACGCAUGCGACUUAUCACCUGCAACAAAAUCCACAGCAAGACGUUGCACGCAUCCUGGCCAAUGUUUCAUGGAAUGACCAUCAAGAACAAGCGUGGCUAAACGUCAAUGGCAUGGAGCCGUGGACCCAUGACACAACUUCCAAAGGCACACUGGAUGUCAACUUCAGGACAAGUGGAGGCUCGCUGGGUGUGCACAACGCCAACGCCAGCCUCGUAGUGGUACCAAACGCCACCCCUUCAGCCAAUGCCCUCAUCCUCUGGAAUGACAUGCAGUUAAAUAGCAGUAUGCAGCUUGCCUCCGGCUGUGCCUCGGGCACUUUACGCUUCAACCUGACGCGACUGAAUCACCCAAGCGUCACGGGGCGACCAGAUGCUUCGUAUGCCUUCGGUGUGCUUUCCUACGCUGAUACCGCGAACUUUUGGAAUGCCCAGUUUGCGCCUACCGACCCGAGCGGCACCAACAAUGCUGGGACCAUGAACGUCAACAUUUCGUGGGACGACCAUCGCAAUUCAUUGGGUGCACGAGCCACGGGUUUUUGGAAGGACGAGUCACGUGAUCAGCUGGCAGGCCAGUUGGGCAUCACAAUGGCCGGCCCAGCCACCGGCAGUCAUAGCGUCGACUUUUACGUGAACCACACGGCGACCUCAUUCAAUCUUCCUGACCUUACGUUUGCAUCUUGGGAUGCCCUGGCACGGGUCGAUGCCUGGCGUUUGUUGGUGAAUAAUGCGUCCUUGGUAAUGGCCGAAGGCGGUCACCGACGCCAGUAUGCCGGCGCCGUGCGAGUGGCUACCCUUGACUACCCAGACCCCGACGCCCGCAUAAACACACGCCUACUGGACGUGGUGCUGGACGCGCUGUGGCACAGGGUAUUUCUGGGCAACCAAUCCUCCAGCGCGCUCACCAACAACAUCCAGCUGGACUGGAAUCAGCGCCAGAACAAGCUAACACUAGCAACGCACUUCAACUCAUCUUUCGAUGCGGCACUCAACACAUCAAAUCACCUGGUGGCUGAUGACCUUUCUUCGGACUUGAUCAUGCUCUGGAACCCAGAAAACCAACAUGUAUUGUGCAAUGCUUCGGUGGCAACCGCCACCGAAGGUGGUCGUCUGAGUAUUGCCGUCAACAACGAUUGGACCGUCUCAGGUACAUUUCAAGUGGGCGACGUUAACGCUACCGCUACAGCAUCUCUGACCCCGGGCUUUGAGCGGGCGCUCAUUGAGGCCGACGCCGUUCGCGUGGCUAAUGGCCUCGUUGCUGCCAACCUCUUUUCUGGCCGGUUGGACCACCGGUUUUGCCAGUCCUUUGUUGAUGUUGUGCAGUGUGCCGGCUUGUCCACGCCACUUAUUUCUUCUGAAAUCGAGCAGUCAUGGCGGGAGGUCGUUGCCCUGGAGCUGUAUUGGGAUGACAAGCAAGAGGCCGCCCUGAUCAGCGUGGACGUGAAUUGCUCCGAAUUCAUGGAUGGAACGUGGCAGCUGAACACUUCCGUGGGCAGUAGCGUUGCUGACGCCGACGUCAAGGCGCUGUGGAAUCUGCAAUUUAACGGAGAAGAACCAUAUGCAGAGCUGCUUGGCACUACUUGGGUCAACACUGACGUAUUACACACGGUCUUGACAUAUGCAGAAAACAUGGAGCUGCCUCAGAUAGUUUGCAGUGGACGUUGGAAUGACGUGCAGUGGGAGUCUGAGCUGCAGUGCGCAAAGGACUGGCAAACAGGUCACGCCGACCUUCACGUCACGGAGCCUAACUUGCGGCCCAUCGCGCCGUUUGUCAACCGCGCUCUUGGUCCAGCAGGCCCCGGUCGCGCUCCGCUGGCACUGCCUUUGCCCUUGUGGACGGGUGUUCUCGACUACGAUGUCCGCGAGCUUGAAGCCAUGACGGCCAGCUGCAGACUCGUUGAUGCACAUCAGCACGUCUACAACGCGUCACUCAAUGCCAGCUACACAACAAGCGCUUCCAUCCAACGAGUGAGCGCGAGCGUAGCUUUGCAUUUGGAUGAGGACUUUGUCAACAUGACUGGCACCGGCAACUUUGAUCUUUCUCAGGGACAAUUGGACACGCAUGCGGUGGGGCAGGCCAGCGGAACCCCAUUUGGCUUGACGGUCAAGAUCCAGGAAGACGAUAUCUCAGGCUCAGCUGUGGCGUACUGGGCCUCGACGGAAGUGACAGCGCGUGGUACUUUGGGUGUUGCUGGUCGCAGCGGCUCUUUUUUGCUUGCGAGCAAGCACGACCGCUUGAAGAACCAACCGACUUUGAUUUUCAAUGCCACGGCAGCCUACUGGUCCGAGUCUGCCAUCGGUGGUGUUUUUGGUGUCAACUGGGCAACCGCACACAGCUGUAUUGCUGGAUGGAACGGGACUGCAUCCUUCUCGCCGUCACAUGAUAUCCAGCUCGGUGUGACGGAAAAUAUGUGUGGAAACUGGGCCGUUGAUCCUCUUAUCACAACGAGUCGACCAACGGUGGAUGAGCAGCUACCCAUUCCUCAAGCCCACUUCUCUGAGACUUGGACCGCCCAUCGCGAGGGAAUCUAUCUUGGCCUCAUUUUUGCGGGUGUAAUGAGUGCUGGUGUGGCCGUAUUUGCACUUGUUUUCCUGUUACAACGCCGCAAGCGGCAGGUCGCUGCGAACGUCAAUGCCCGAGCUGCGCGGGACGUCAAGUACCUGCCCUUGAAUCCAGAAGUGGAGGUCUGA